UAACGUCAGCUGAUAACUUCAUUACUUAUGUAAACACACACACUCACAUAUAUAUAAACACAUUUAAACUGGGCAUUUUUUAGUCAUUAAGAACUCUUUGCAGAACCUGGGAGAAGUAAAAAAAGGCAUUUAAGCCAGUUUGAAGAAUAUCUAAGUGGACAAAUGGGAUUAAACAACAUGAGUCCAUUCCUUGCGUUAAUCAUAACCUUUGGAAUAAUAGGAAAAGUGCACUCACAAUGUACUCGUCCUUGUAAUUAUGAUGAAGUUUGUACAAACUUUACCUCAGACUCAUCAACAUUGUAUUACUGUGACUGCAACCCAGAACUCUAUGAUAAUCCAGACUAUGCAGCAUUACUCAAUAACAUUCCAGUCUCCUGUGGUCCACAACAAUUUUCUGUUGAUAUCACAUCGUGCUUAGGACGUUCUAUGUCUCAAGCAAAUUUUCUUUUGCCAGAUGAAAACCAAGCAGAAAAUCCUUGCUUUUAUGCAACGUACUCACCACAACCUGGCACAGCAACAUUCGUAUACAAUUUCACUUCAGGAAGCAGCAGCAGCUGUAAUCCAGCACUUUCAGUGAAUGCUACUCAUGCAGCCUUCAGUGUUCCAGUCUGGUUUAAAGUUAAUACAACAAAUCAAGUGGUUAUUCUUUAUAAUGACAUAAUGGCGAACUACACAUGUGCUUAUCCACUGAAUAUGAACACAAGCCUUGACUUUGGCGUGAAUCCAUUUCUAAGUACCAGCAAUUUAACUGUUGCAGGCGUUGGAACAUAUACUACAGUGUUGCAGCUGUGUAAGAACUCUAACUGCACAGAAACUUAUAAACCCAGUGAUAUGCCGCUAUAUGUACGAGUUGAAAGUAUUUUGUACUUCAAAGCAACUGUAUUUGGUCCUGAUCCCUCAAAGUUUUCUCUGAAGAUACAGACAUGCUAUGCUACUCCAACAAAUAACUCAAAUGAUCUAACACAAUACCCCCUUAUCCAAAACGGCUGUCCAGUAGCUCCUGGAGUCAUUUUGUAUAUAGAUGGGAAUUCCACUACAGUUGAAUAUUCCAUGCGUAUGAUCAAGUUUGGGGACUCUCCAAAUGUUUUCAUCUAUGCACGCUUUAUCCUUUGUUUAGGAACAUGUACUCCAUCAUGUCGAUCCAGAGAUGGUCAACAACCUAAUAUUCUAGGCCGUACUGAUAUAAGUUCAGGGCCUUUUAAGGUGGACGCUGGAGGUUCAAUCGGUGAAACUGUCUCUACAGGUGGAAAUGUGUCUACAGGUGGAAAUGGUUCUUCAGCAUCUUUUGCCACCUCAUGGAUAAUAAAGGUGAUCCCACUUCUGGCAAUGCUACUAAUAAAAUCAAUGUAACAGCUGAAGGAUUAUGGGACAUGUUAAUGUCAAAACGUUCUACUCUUCGUUUUUCGCGUCAAAAUAAACUUAUGUUGCUUAUGGUUCUGUAAAGAUUCAAUUUCCGACUCUGGCUAUCAGUGCAUUCAUCAUAAUGUUACAGGUCAUGAAAAUCAAGUAACUUGAAGAUGCAUGUUAUAGCACAAUACUGACACUAAACAGUACGUAUCUUCUUAAGCCUUAGAACAAGUAGAACCACUAAGUGCUAUUUAUUCUUAAAAUAUUAACUUAUUGUCUAAUUAUUUUAUCUAAUGAUAAUCAAAUCCAAUUUGCUGCUGUGCCAUUCUCACAUUACAGACCUGUGUGCAUUACAUGAAGUCGGUGUUAGUUGUUUGCCUUGGGUUCAGUGAGUUGGAUUGUCUUUCUGAAGGAGCUAGAAAUACAUUCUUAAAUUGAUGACAUAUGUAUGCUUAAGCCAGCAGGCCACCUUUGAAAAAAAUGACAUGAAGGAAACUGUUCCUGCAGUUUAUCAGGUUUACACUGAUUAGAUUCACCUGCACUAUUCAUAAUAAUUUGAUAAUAAUGUGUUUUACUAACAACUUGCACUAUAUACUAGCAAAUAACAGCUUGAUGACCUAAAGAACAGUUUGUCUUCUGAUGCAAAGAAAACCAAAACAAAACUGACAGGUAAAUAUUACCAUCUCAUGUCAGCUACUGAAGGCAAAAUUAAUUGUAUAUCUUUUUUAAGUACAACUGAUAAUUUCACUUCUGUAAUUCUUGUUAAUAAAUUAUAUUCCUUCCAA